AUGGCUGGGCAAGGCGGGCACCGAAGCCUGUCAGUCAGCUUGCAGGCCUCCACAGCCCCAGCAUGCGUGAUCCGGCUGACUCCAGCCCUCCUGGCGGCCCUGCGCGCUGCCAGUGACUCGGGCGAUGCCGCCACCAUCAGCAUGGGACCCAGCACCAAUGUGCUGCGCGUGGGUGCCACGGAUUUCCGCUUCAAAUCCCUGCCCGAGUCCCUCUGCGACGUCAUCACAGUUCCCAGUACAGGUGCACACCGGGACAACACCCCCUCCCCCGCGCUCUGUGCCGCCCACGUCUGCCAGAAGCUGGUGGUCACGCGCGACCUGGGGGAGGAGCGGGACCGCAUCCGCGCCCGGGGCGAGGAGGCCGAGCGCCGCCUGCACGGCCGCCGGACGGUGAAGCUGGGCGGGGAUGGGGCGGAACCGCCGCGCGGGAGUGUGACGGCCAGGGGCGCGGCCGCGCUGCGGCGGGGCGCGUCCGACGGCGCACUGGUGGCGCUGGCCGGGGGCCGCGGCGCCAAGGACCCCAGCAGCGCGGGUUCUAGCAUGAGGAAAGGCAGCGCUAGGUCUGCCGCCGGGCCCCGGCCCGUGCCCACCGCCCGCCAGCUCCUGGGCGGCGAGGCAGCCGCGCCGCGCGCGCGCACCCUGCCCCCGCCCCAGGCCCAGCCCCCACCCGCCGACGCGCCGCGGAGCGCAACGGACCACGCCCCGACUUCCUCCCGGCGCGCGCCUAGCCCCGCGCCCGCGCACGCGCCCGCUGCGGCGCCGGGCUCCGUGCCCGUUGCGCCCAGCGAGGCCGUGCUGGCCGCCGCGCGGGGAAGGCACGGCGUGCGCGCCGUGCUGCUGGCCGCGCUGGGCGAGCGGCCGCUGAGCAUGGCCUCGCUGCGCGCGCUGCUGACGGCCGUGGCCGCGCGCGUGCCGGGCUUCGUGCCGCCCGCCACGCGCCAGGAGCUGCAGCGCGCCGUCGCCGCGGUGGCCUCGUUCCAGGCCCCGGGGCGGUACGUGCUGCUGGAGGGCGCGGCCCGGGGCGAGGCGGCGGCCGGCAACGAGCGGCGCUCUGGGGCUGCGAUCAUCGGCGACGAGCGGCGCUCUGGGGCGGUGGCGACCCUGGACACGGCAGCCCAACCUGCCCCCCGGGAGCGGCCGCCCGCCUCGCCGGAGGCGGGCGGCAGGGGCCCACUGUCUCCGGACACCCAGGACGCAUCGGACGACCUGGCGAGCGCGGGGUCGCUUCCCGCACACUCCCAGGCGGGGGCCGGCGGCGAGGGCGGCGACGGCGAGGUCGGCGCGCAGGACCGCGCCGCGGGCGGGACCGCCGCGCCGCUCAGCUCCUCCAGCAGCGGCGCGGCGCGGCGCCAGCUCUCCGCCUCCUCGCGCUGCCUGGACGACGUGGAGGACGGGUGGGUGGGCGCGGUGGCCGACUCCGCGCCCCGGGUCGCCCCACCUGUGACCUCCAGAGAGAAGCGGUCUGAAAGCGCAUUCCUGCUGGACAUGAGCCGGACGCGGAGCAGCAAGGCCUGCGUGGCCACCCCAAAGGAGCGCGUGUGGAUGAGCCGGAACAGCGCGUCUGCCGGGGGGUUGGGUGAUGGGUAUGGUGAUGGGGCUCGGGAAGUGUGUGAGUACAUGGAGCUGCAGGUGGAGUUCAACAGGCGGUAUGAGCAGUACUUCAGGCUGCACCAGGUACUGCAGGCGAAUCGCAACGACUUUGCGGCCUGGCGCGAGGCACUGGAGAUCGAGGCCAAGAUCCAGGAGCGCUGGGAUCGGCAGGCGCAGCGCGCCAAGCGCUGGGACGCGGCCUUCCGUGUGCUGCAUGUGGAGCUGGAAAGCAUGAAGGCGGCGCUGGGCGAAUUCGUGCGCGGCAUGGAGGAGGGGGAGGGCGCCCGGUCCGGGGGCGCCAUCGCCAGCGAGGCCUGA